AAAAAAAAAAAAAAUGUUUUUGGUCGUACCAAAUUUGGUUUAGUAAUUGCCGUCAGGUGCAACAAAUUUUCACCAUCUCCAUCUCCAACAAAUUGCCGUCAUAUACUUUUUUUGGUGUUUAGAGCACAUCACCCAUACUUGCACUUCUUCUUCUUCUUCUUCUUCUACCCACCCCUUCCCAUCAGAUUACGGUUCUCGAGAAAUCUCAUCGCUCUCUCUCUCUCUCUAUUUCCACAUCGCUGCUUGUCUCGUCAUCAAGGAGAGAGAGAGACUCAUCGGAUCCCCGAGGAGUCAAAGUCUGCUAUGAGUUGAGCACACACUAUGAGGCCGUUAGAGACGUAAUCAGAUCGUCGUCGAUCGAACUUGCACGCUUAGGCUUCGAUUUUCCCCGGCUACUCUAGAGCGCCGUCGCCGACAGAUCGCUGAAUAUAAUUUUGUCACAGCAACCAUGAACAUGCCGCUAUUGGAUAUUCAACCACGAACGUUGAAGUUUGUAGUUGAUCUGAAGAAGCAGAGUACCUGCGUCGUACAGCUUACCAAUACAACCAAUCUUUUUGUUGCAUUUAAGGUCAAAACUACAUCACCGAAGAAGUACUGUGUUCGUCCAAAUGUUGGCGUUGUUGCACCAAAAUCAUCCUGUGAAUUCUCUGUCAUUAUGCAAGCUUUCAAAGAACCACCUCCGGAUAUGGUUUGCAAAGACAAAUUCUUAAUCCAGAGUACUGCUGUGCCUGAGGAAACAACUGAUGAAGACAUCACAGCUAGCAUGUUCUCCAAAGCGGAAGGGAAACACGUAGAGGAAAACAAACUCAGAGUCACUCUCGUGUUACCCUCUAACUCACCUGAACUAUCUCCAGUUAAAGGGACUCUGAAACAGGAAGCAGUAUUUGAAGAUUCCAUCCUCAAGGAUCGAGUAUAUGGUCAGUCAGAGACCCUUCGUCCUCCACAAUAUGAGAGUGAGAUUGUCAAGGAGCCUAGGAUGGUUGGACAUGAUGAGUUAAAGGCACCCUAUGAUGCAAAGGAGGCUAAUGACUUGAAGGCAACUAAAGGCGGCUACGCUACAUCGAACUUGGAAAAAGAAGCUGAAUUUGAUCCUAUUAGGUAUGCAGAUGAUGGAAGGGGGAUAAAGUCAACACAUAAUUUGGAUACUCCCACAAAAAUGGCCAUGGAUCUGGAUCAAGGGUUUGCUAAUGGAAAAGCUUCGGCCAACAGUGUGUCUUAUUCUGAUGAACCAAAGAUACCUAGGAACAGAGACGUUGUCCAGAUGCAGCAAACUGACGCUCAGAAUAUCAAAGCAUUGGAGGAGUCAAAGUUGGUUAAAGACAUUGAGGGGAUGAAGCUAAAAGUCAAUGCUCUUGAAUCCAAGCUAAAGCAGGCUGAUUCAACCAUUUCGAAGCUAAUGGAGGAGCGGUCUACAAGCUUCCAACAUAGAGAAAGCUUGCAACAAGAGCUGGCGGAACUGAGGACGAAGAAGAUAGUGAAAGAAGUGCACAUUGGAUUCCCUCUGCUAUAUGUAUGCGUGGUGGCAUUCAUUAGCAUUGUUAUCGGGUAUUGUCCGCGCACUUGACUGCUCGGCCUUUCUCUCUCGAUCACACAUAUCUUUUAUAUCUCUUAGCAAGUGUGCAGUCAGAAAAUAUAGACAAAGGAAGUGAAAUUAAGGAGUUGUCUCGUUUUGGUACUCUUUUGUGGGAGAGAGUAUGAUAAUGGUUCUCUCCAGAUACUUUUAAGAUGGAUUAUUAUAUAGACUGUAUAGAGUUGGGUGUUAGUUGAUGAUACAAAGGGACAUAUGGUUUGUUGAUGGUAUGCUUGGUUUCUUCUUUGCUCUUUUACUAGCUAAUUGAAGCAGCUUGUUUGGUUU